AUGACUUUUGGAUACCUUCCACCAUCCGAUAAAGAAACCGGAUUAUUAAGAACUGAUGAACAACUUAAAACUGCCAUUAAAAAUUUACAAAACUUCGCCAACAUUCCUGCCACUGGAGAAUUAGAUGCAAACACUUUGGAAUUAUUAAAAAAACCACGAUGCGGAUUACCCGAUUAUCCAAAUACAUCCCCAAAACGUAAAAAAAGAUACACACUUCACGGUCAAAAAUGGCACUACACUAAUUUAACAUGGAGUUUGAGAACUCUUCAGCCUCGAAAUUUGGAUGGCGGACAAGUUAGGGGAGUCUUAUAUCAUGCUUUGGAAGUUUGGGCCAAACAUUCAAAACUUACUUUUCAAGAACUAAACAGCGACAGAGCGGACAUUUUAGUUUAUUUUCACAGUGGUUACCACGGAGAUGGUUAUGCUUUCGAUGGUAGAGGACAAGUUUUAGCUCAUGCUUUUUUCCCUGGAAAGGAAAGAGGCGGAGAUGCUCACUUUGAUGAAGACGAAGUAUGGAUACUCGAUCCCUAUGCUGACCUCGAACAAAUUGAAGGAACGAGUCUUUUCGCUGUGGCUGCUCAUGAAUUUGGACAUUCGUUGGGUUUAUCUCAUUCUUCCGUGCAAGGAGCGCUCAUGUUUCCAUGGUAUCAAGGAUACGAGGGAUUGACGCCUGAUUUGCAAUUACCGGAUGACGAUAAACAUGCUAUUCAACAAUUAUACGGUCCGAAGGAAAAACUCUGGGCAAAGAUACCACACUAUCGACCUUACCGACCCGAGGCUCCUAGAGCGGAACCUCCAAGGCACUUGCCACCACCAACAAGACCUACACAACCGCCGACGAAGCCUACACCACGACCUACUAGACCGACAACGACUUCAACAACUCCUAGACCCUGGACACCGAGACCAACGCACCCGCCACGUACGCCACCUCCAUCUCAUCCGAAACCUCCUUAUCCGUAUCCUCCAAGUCCCAAACAUCCUGAAAUAACCCCUGAGAAACCUGAUACUUGCAACACAAGCUACGAUGCUAUUUCUGUAAUUAGAAAUGAAGUUUUUAUCUUCAAAGGAAAAUAUUUAUGGAGAAUUGGAGACAACGGUUUGAGGCGAGAAUAUCCGGCUGAAAUAUCAAGGCUCUGGUACGGUUUUCCAUCCACUUUUACCCACGUGGAUGCUGUUUACGAAAGAAACGACAAAAAAAUUGUUUUCUUCAUAGGAAAACUCUACUACGUUUUCGACGCAAACUAUUUGAUGCCUGGCUAUCCUAAACCUAUUCACUAUUUGGGAUUACCAAGAGAUCUCGAUCACGUUGAUGCUGCCAUGGUGUGGGGACAUAAUGGCAAAACUUAUUUCUUCAGCGGUACAAUGUAUUGGAGAUUCGAUGAAGAAGUCGGAAGGGUUGAACUUGAUUAUCCGAGAGAUAUGUCUAUGUGGAGAGGAGUCGGUUAUAACAUAGACGCAGUUUUCCAAUGGAAAGACGGUUUUUGGAAAUUUAACGACAUGAGAAUGAGAGUUGAAAAUGAAAGGCAAACAUUAUCUGCACCCUUUUGGAUGGGAUGUCCAAGAAUGACAGAAGUAGAAGAGAUUGAACCGACAAAACCUACAGCAAAACGACAAAUUGGAUCUUCAUCCUCUUCUCUGAUCUCAAACUAUCACUGCCUUUUAAUUAUUAUUUUACUUAAUAUAUUCAGUUACAGAUAA